GAGAGUAGCAACCAGCUGAGAGUUUGAGUUCUCGUGUCAUCUCUCUCCUUGGUGCGUAGUGUGUACAGUUCCGCAGCUCCAUCAAGAGACGAACAUGGACUUCGCCGCGGACUCCGACGGCUUCGCCCUCGACUUCAUCCGCGAGCACCUGCUUGACGGUGGUUGCGGCGGCGUCCCGGUGCCGGUGGGCAGCACCGGAGUUCCAGAUGACGUCACCUUCCCCAUGCUGCAACCUCAGCCCGAGUUUCAGCCCAUGUCGUCGUUCUUGCCGCCGCCGCUGCAGCAAGGGUAUACACACCUGACGCACGAGUACAAGGGCGCCGCCCCGGCUGCCGCUGCCGCGGCGUCCCGGGCGCAGUAUGAGCUUUCGGCUACGGUGAUGAUUAAGUUCGGGAGCGAGCCGUCGUCCCCCGUGAGGCCGGCGCUGACCAUCACCGUGCCCCCGAGCUCGUACGCGUGGGCGGAGUCCGUCACCGCGGCCGCGGCCGUUGACGACGACUUCCGCAAGUACCGCGGCGUGCGGCAGCGACCCUGGGGCAAGUACGCGGCGGAGAUCCGCGACCCGAAGCGCCGGGGCUCGCGCGUGUGGCUCGGCACGUACGACACGCCCGUCGAGGCCGCGCGCGCCUACGACCGCGCCGCCUUCCGCAUGCGCGGCGCCAAGGCCAUCCUCAACUUCCCCAACGAGGUGGGCACCCGCGGCGCCGACCUGUGGGCGCCGCCGCAGCCUCCGGCUGCGACGCAGGCCGCCCCGGCGAACAAACGUAAGCGGCAGCAGGAGGAACGCGACGUCGAGGUGCUCGCGGUGAUCAACAAGGCGGUGAAGAUCGAGAUGCCGUCGUCGUCGUCCACCUGGCCGUCGUCCAUGUCGACGCGCGAGACCACAGCGAGCGCGUCCUCGACGGUGACGUCGACAACGACGGAGGCGGCGGGCGCAGGUGCCGAUUGGCUCCCCGUGACGCCGUCCAGCGGGAGCUGGGAUCAGUACUGGGAUCUCGGCGGGCUGCCGCCGCUGUCACCGCACCCGGCGAUGGGGUUUCCGCAGCUCACUGUUAACUGAGAUGCUAAGACCGUCAAGAAAUGACUAGCGGUGAUUGGAUAGGCAAGGGCCGGACCUACAAUUCUUUUGGAUUGCCAAGGAAAUCGGUUAAUUUCCUUCAAAUCCAAGAGGAUUAUUGGGCCUAAUCCUCCCGCGCCUAAACAAGCCAACCGGCGCGAAAAAAAUAAUUGACAAGGAACCAGCAUGACGUAGUAUUUGAUUUUAUGAAUAAGCUGAUAUACAGAGGUACGUGUAGAUCGUUGGAUGCUUGUGUAAAAAAUAAGCAAGAGGGUGUGUCGUUCGAUAUGACCUACCAGUGUCCAGCUUGAUUCAAGUUCAAUUUAUUUAUGAGCUCA